AGAUACGCCUUUUCACGCAAGAAAAGGUGACUCACUCUUACUUUGGAAGAGAAGAGGAAAAAGGUACAAAAAGAACAAGUUCUAGGUCAAAGCCUGACCUUGCUUGAAAGGAACUUCAGGAUAAAUGGCUAUGCAGACAGGAGCACUUGGAAACAAGAAGGCGGAGCCUGUGAAGAUUAAUCAUUAUCACGUUUUGCGAUGACGUCAUCACUGCAAAUGCUGUCGUGAUAAGAUGAGAAUCUUGUGGCUGGGAAGGAAGUGGACGUAAAAAGGAUAUGCAUUCUUUAGUUUCUUAAAAAGGCCUGACGGCGCAUAAGAGACUGAAAUGCGCCGUUUUCUUCGGAGUACGGGCAAGAGGGAUUCAGCACGAUGAUAUCGGCGAGACCGAAGAGCCGCAGGCACGACUUGAAACGAAGUCACUUUCUUUGUUCCGUCUUGAAUAGCGGAGAUUCCGAUGCUUUGAAAUUUGUUAGACGCAGGCGGACACAGCGGUGGAUUUCUCGGCUUCUUGUAGUAACAGCUUCUGCAACAUCAAGGACAGCGGUUGUCGCCAAAGACAACAACAAAAACGUUGAAUUCGAUCUCGGCAGGAGGAGCACUGUUGAGAACCCGUCUUCCAUCUCCGGCGAUGUCAGGAGAAGAAGUACCACACCAGUUGGCUCAAAAAUCGACGUCGACAUUACUCCUGAAGGCCCUUCCUUUCCAGCGCGCCGUGUGGAAGAGCGUAGCUCUUCGGAGGAAGACGACCCCGGUUUUUUGGGACACGACGAGGAUGCUACCUAUUUACAAAAGACGGUUGAAGACAAUGUUGAGGCGGAAUCGAGUGAAGCGGGAGAAGCUAGAAUCGAGAAAAGCAUUCAUCACCCCCCCACGUCAACAGAAGAGCAACAUCAAAGUGGGCCACGACAAAAUGAACAUAGUGGUGGUAACCGCCAAGAAGAAUAUCAACAGGAUCCGCUUGGAAAACCUGCACACCAAGACGCUACUCGGAAUGAGCAGGUCGUUCGAAGCUCAAUUUCUUCCUCAUCAGAGGGUGCAACGGAGAGCAGGACCACAGGAAGUAGUGAAGAAAGAGUAUCUUCGUCAACACCAUCAGUAUUGUACGUUGCGAAUAGCACGACAAAAAGAAGUGCUAGAGCUAGUAGACCAAAAAAACAUCUUCGAAGCGAGGUCGACCACGACGAAAAUCAUGUUGUUCAACAGGAGGAUGUUAGAACCUCUGCUAACGAAGAGGAUGAGCAGGCAGAAGACGAGGAUCUUAUCGAACAUAGAAGAAAAGCAGAUACAUCAAGAGUCCCAACUAGCUUGGAAGAUGGCAAAGGGGAGAACACAAAUUCUGGCGCGACAACGGCGAGUGUGGAGGAGCCUAGGCAAACGAAGGGGGAAUCCGAUGUGGAGGAGGUCGUCAGAAACAAUGAAGAGUUUGACGGAGCGGAUCCGGAUGCUUCGACGCAACCUUGGGGAGAAAAAGAAAAAGCGAGAAUGCGACCACACAACAAGGAAACAACCUCAGGUGCCCGAGCUUCAGCGUCAACUAGAAGAGGAACGAGUCGUUCCUCUUUCACUGUGAUGGAAAGAGAAGCGUCCGCGAGCGCUGGCGCUGUAACAGAAAGUGCUUCAUCUGACACUAAGAAAAAUGAAAAAAGACAAGGAAUAGCGCAGUCUUCCCUCUCAAGCGUCAUCAAAAGCGAUCCAGAGGAAGAGUCACGAAUCAUAUUAUGGCAAGUGCUGAACCUGCAGCUGCAGCUGGUCUUACUUGUUGCACGUAACAUUGAAUCUCAGAUUGAAUUUCGUUUUGAAGAUACGAAUAUCGAUAUUACUACGGUCUUUUCUCCCCGCGGAAGUACGUACACAAGCUGUAGUCGAAUGGGUUCAAGAAAUUGAAAUGUGGUGAAGACCUACAGCUGCUCUAAGGGUACUCGAUGGAGUAAAGCAGCCCAGCGAUCGGCUGCGGAAAGGUUCACCUUGGCAGCAAUGGGGAACCUUCGGGCGAAUGGGAACCUAUUAUAUGAGCGAUCCGAUGCCUGCGGGCGCUUCGGCUUCGGCCUCUAUGUUCGACAAUGGUACAUUUCAGAGUAGAAACCCUAAAUUAUCUGAGUUUCAGUUUCAGCACAACGAACUCGUAGUAGUAGUAGUAGUACGUAUGCGACUGAUGUGAAAGAAUGUCGUGCUUGAAUUUUUGCGUGCGCGUAAGAAGUUCCAUAACAAUUAAAGCGGGCUGAUGCUGAAUUCUUUAACAAAAAAUUGUAGUGAAGGUACGGCACAUGUAUGAUGCCCGAAAAUGUAUGACGCCAAACCAUGAAGGCGCAGCUUUAGCAAAGAACUGAUAAAGUAGAUACAUCAUCAACAUCAUGCUCUGCCCUGUUCUGUGUAGUCUCGACAUGACGCGUCUUUCAUGGCAGUUAACUCUUCUUUCGUCAUUCUAUCCUUUGCAGGGGCACCCGAUUACAGCUGUAUUUUAUCCUAUCCAUCGUCGAUCCUACUCUUCUACAACGAACCAGACACAUCCGACUAUUCCUCCUAUUGUACAACCAGAUAAUUUCAAAUCGAAAAACGGCUUUGUGGGCGAACAAAGUGAAGCUGUGCUAAUGUCGUGGGACAAGAAGGACACAGAAGAAGCCCUAGCAGAAGAAGAGCUGGCUGCUGCAGGAACGGAAACACCGGAGAUCAACGACUUCCUUGUCCUGCAGCGUCUAGCUGUGAAUUAUCCGAAAGACGAGGAGGACACCAAGUCAAAUACACUGAUUAUGGACCACCCUCUGAUCAAAUACUCACUUUGGCCCAGCAUGUGUGUGUAACAAAAACAAACUAGCUUCAUAUAACAUAGAGAUAAGUUAUCAUAGUUAGGUGAGGCACACGCAUGACAGAGACACACACACACACGCAUACACACACACACACACACACACGACAUACCACUUCCUGCAGAUGUAAAUGAAGCAUCCUGCUUGUGCUCCUUCAGAGAAUCCAAAUUGAUUCUGUACAGCAUUUUCAGUGUCGUUCUGGAGUCAGAAAAACGAUUCUGCCUCUGAGCCACUGACAGCAUGCUUGCACUUUACAAGAAGCAAAACAAAAUGAAAAAUGUCUCCAUAUUGUCAUUUGGUGAAUAUCACACGAUAUAGUCAUAGGAAAUUCGUUAUUUGCAUUUUGGUCGUUGCAUCAUGGUCUCGUCACAGCGAUUUUGUUUAACAAGGAAUGUGACACAAGUCUUCUAAAUCAACCGAGCUCGUAUAUGGUGGUUCAUUCGAGGAUGCGACGGAUGCGAGCCGGACAGAUGCACACGCGUGGACGAAGACAGCACCAUUCAGGAUACCAACUAAUUAAGAAACCGGAUAUGUGCCUCGUCUUGACAAUGUUUAUUCUAUUCCAGCACUUGAUCAACAUAUUUCUCAAGCCCAGGCCCACGAUUUCUGAUUUGCAUACUGACUAAGUAUUAUCGAAGAAAAACUCUCGCUUUACACGGUAUUUAUAUAGUCGUAUUUAGUAGAAGCAAGUGCUGAUAUUAUGACAUUAUGGAGGAAGAUAACGUCGGCCAGCAACGAAAGCAAUAAUUUCGGGUGAGCCACUACCUUCUUUGCUUUCAUUCGUCGACAAAGGGGACGACGGGAAUAAAUUGGAUAACUUACCGGGUUCAUUUAUGAUUGGGGUAGGAGGAGGAAGGUGUUAAAAGAUAUAUCGAUACGUGCAUUGUUAGCACAUUGACAUUUCCUUGUUUCUUUUUCAAUAAUAUUCGUGCUAAAUGACAGCGAUCUGCACCUGUCUUUUCAUCAUCGAUUCUUAGCUCAUGAAAUAUAUCACAGUUAUAGUACGGAGCCACAAAACCAUUCCAUUAUACAUUUCCCUCUCUUCUCCUUCAUUGUGACUGACUAUCCAUUGGAAGCAUGGAAGCAAAGAGCUCCCGGAGUUCUUCAAAGACGGAGGUGGGGUAUUUUUGCGCAACUGGAAGGAUGGCACGGUGCUCGACCAGCUCACUUCGCCGAGUCAACUCACCCCUUCCGCAGUGCUGAACGGGAGGUACACGGUCAGCUACAACCUCGUGCACGAGUGGGACGCAUCGGUACAACAGUAAACGUCGCUUGUUGAACUUCAUAGCAGAGUAUAUAUUUAUAAUUACAUAUAAACAUUCGUCUAUGUAGUUGCUCACUUGUAACGCAGAAUACAUUUAGCUAUACUAGUGUACUUACUUCUGCAAAUUUUUCGUUCUACAAAUAAUGACUUGAUGUUGUACGAAGCUGUAAGAGUAAGUGAUUUAUUAUGAUAUGACUGAUGACGUUGACGAUCAUACUUCGAUUAAGAUCCACAACCAUUUUCAGCGCAAAUGGACAGUAUACUGGACCGGAAGUCCACAUGCGGUGGACCACUGCAAGAAGCAUUUAAGCCAGGUUUUUUUUUGCAAUGUCUCCAUCAAGCAAUACCUAUCAAAAGUAGAAAAAAUGUUCGGCUCAGGAGUAGGAAGAUACUUAUGGCGGUAGAUGUUAAGGGCAGUUGAUGGAGGUGUCGCGACGACAAUGAAAAAAAACUACUUCUUCUAAAGAGUCUUUGUUUUUUCGAAUUCCGAGAUCUGAGCCCGGGCUACCUUCUGAAAGCAAAAAGCACCACUCGAGAUCUCGAGCACUUGUAUUUCUGUUUUACCUUUAUGGAUUUGAUUUUCAGUAGUAUUACCCUGCGUGAGGCUUCGUCGUGACGUAACUCUAUGACGCCAGUAGGCAGUUUGCGCGGUACUUUGUGCGAGUAAUGGUAGUGCCUUUGCUCCUAGUUCUUGAUCAUUGUAAAUCGUAGGGGCAGUAGCGUAGUUUGUUAAGGAGAUUAAGAACUCCCCUCUACGCCGGUAGCUACGCGGAAAAUAUGUAGGCAGGUACUGACUUAUCUGAGCUUGCUUGCGCAGAGGUUUGGAUAUAUUGGAACUCGCCCGCGAUACAAAAAAAAAAAAGCGAGGUAAAUUGUAUUGCGUUGUAUUGUAUUCUUCCUCUUGGUCUUAGGCCUGUUAUUCAUCACGACUUUACUUCGUCCAGGCCAUUUGCCUGAGGUCUUACAUAAUCGAACUAAUAUUGUGUGAUACCCAGAGGCAUGACUGAUCUUGCUGGCCGGCAUCGUUUGCGUUUCGGAUUGUGGAUAUUAGAAAUUUCGAAAAGGUAGUACUACUACUAGGCGUUAGGGACGGUUCAAGUACUAGACAUCAGAGAGGAUUGCAAUUAACCACGUCGCGAUUGAAUCCUCCAACACGUGCCUAGGUUUUUGCAUGGGAUUCGGCUGUGCACGUUCGAUCCGGCAUGGCUGCCGGUGAACAAGUACGACCGAGAGUUGUCACAAUCUUAGGAUUGGUUUUUCAUCAUUUCCCACACCGAGUGUGUUGAGCGGGUAUACCUUGGUACUUCUCAAGGGCGCUCUUAACAGAAUAGUGGAGAGCGACGGCACACUCAAUUCAGGAUGAUGAAGUACUCCUAUCAAAGCUAAGAUUAGUUUGUUCCCAUCCUACCACUGAGUGGGGACCCGCCGACGAAACUUUUCUCGCGUUUGGACAUAGAGAUUCAAAAUAUGGGUGGAGGAUGUUCAUUUGAUAGUUUUUUUAGAUUGAUUGUGUCAGGCAACUACCAGCUGCACCACAAUCUACGUCUAAAUUUUUUCUCGAUUAUGAUUAUUUAGUUGAGCAUGAUUAUGAGCAGCCUGCUUCAAGAGGCUUCAAGAGUACUUUCAUGGAGUGACUCCUUAUCGCGGAUCCGCCUUUGGAUUUCCAGACCUGCGAAGGCGACUUGAGGCCGGACGGGGCCGAAGCUUCUUUCGAGAAAAUUUACAAUGCGGUUGGGAAAAGGGUAGAGAUUACGAUUGAUUUUUUUAGCGAUCAUUGGGAUAUAGCUCGUCAACUAGAAUAAGUACAUAGAAUAUUUCGUGCUUUAUUUCCAUACAUUGUACCUGGAACAGAGUCAGAAUUUAUAGGCACUGCACAAAAGAAAUUCAUGCUGUUGCCCGUUACCAAUGCUUGUGUUGAUGGAAAAUUCAUGAUCAAUCUUCAGAUGUAUCAUUGCCCCUGUCAACACGGGGCUGGGCUAUUCGCUUGCACAAAGGAGGAGGCACUGGAUAAAAACUACGAGGCUUGCGAAACGUGCCACCUCGUUAUGAGAUAUUCUUGACUCAAGCUAUCUAGUUUUGUAUGAAUGAUCAGUGGUGGAGGAGGUGGUGCAUUGAUUUGAUAGAAGCGAACUAUAAUUGCGCGUCUUGUUUGGAGUUGCAGAAACAUAGCUCAGCGUCAUGGACGAAGUCCCCAUCAUCAUAAAUCAUUUUAGGUACUACAACCAUCAAGAUCAAGGUAAUCAUCUUUUCCUUCAUCAUUAGGUGCUUCACUGUGAAGAUGAUUAUAUUUUCGAGGCUCAGCUUUUCUUCUUUCUAAUUUGUGUAAAGACUACAAACUUGACCCAGCGACACAUCGCUGCGUUUACCAAGGAUUUCUUCCCGAGUUUUUCGCUGCAAACUUCGUGCCCAUAAUGAUCGGAACCAGUAUCAAGUUCCUUUUUCAACUGCGUAGAGGUAGAUAUCGAAUGAACCACAAACUUGCUUGUUGUAAUCGUUCUGCUCUAGUAUUAAGAGUAGCAAGUCUCGGCUAUCGCAACCAUUACCCGUUCUUGUCCUUGCUACUCUUCGACUUCGUCCUUCUUCUGCGGAUUCAUCUCAGGUGCCCUGAUCAUUUUGUGUUUCUGCGGUUCGUUCUUCUACCUUACUAUGGUGGUCGACCCGCAAGCGAAGAGCGAUAGGGCCGCUGAGGGCUUUGAGUAUCUCAAUGACGAAGCAUGGGCGUCGCAGUACGACAAUCAAAACGUGCUCGAGUACGGUACUUCUUCUACCUGUUAUUUCCCUGAUGUUUGGUCUUUCACCUGCCUUGAUUUCGGGAGCUAUUAGGAUUCAAAGUGGCAAGGGUGCUAUGAAUGCUCAAUAAAAAAGAUAUGAACACUAGUAGUGUAAUCAGCCUGCUUGAUGUUGAUCGACGUUUUCCAGGUGCUAAUGCUGGAGCGGUGGACCCUGCAGAGCUUGCGUAUGCUGAGCCAGGCGCGGUCGACCCUGGUUGGGGAGGUGGAGGAUACCAGCCAGGAGGCGGCGUCGAGUACGGACUCGACCCAGGGGGAUACGGUGCAGAGCCUGGUUAUGGCCAAGAGGGCUAUGCACAGGAAGGCUAUGGACAGCAGGGAUACGGCCAGGAGGAGUAUGCCCAGCAGGAGGGAUAUGGAUACUAGGAGCACCCAACGCAUCACUAGGCUGUUGCCUUCUUACGGAAGUAGGAGCGCCUACUGCUUGGUAAAGAAAUUCCAACGGUUGGAAUAAAUUGAAAUUCCACCUUCGAACAUCGGUUAUGAGGAGGUCUAAUGUGAUGGGGAUCCAAGGAUUUGAUGGACUUGACUCAUAUUUUUUCCUGGCAUCUUUUUUUUGUAUAUCUAGCUACUAGGUACCAACUCCAAUCUUCGAAGAAAUAAGACAGACAAGCAGUGUCUCAUGUCGUUCUUGAUUACAAAUGCAAAGUGGCCCAAUGCAUGCAGCUACAAGUGAAUUAUUACGCAUAAAUGCUUCAGGCUUAGCUAUGGAUGAGAUACAGAGGUUGACUUACGUAUGCUCGGCAUCGAAAUUAACUUGUCUUUCUGUAGGUGUAGAACUGUCGGAUGUGCUCUCGCUGUAUAGAGCAGCCGAAAUUGAAUCCUCUCUGAAGAUUCACUCUAUACUGUGGCUUCCUCCAUUGUGAUCGUGUUUCGCUAGUCUUUUUGUCGAACGUCGUAUGAAACUAAAACCGUCAGGAAACUAUCAUCCAUCGGAAACACUAGUCAGCUGUAUCAGCAAGGUAUCUACUCUCUUCCAGUAAUGAACAUGUUAUGUUUUUUUUUGUAAGCAUAGUAUAAUCAUUUUCAGGUUCAAGAGUUUGUUCGAGCCUUGUGUACAAUGCUUGGGUUCAUGAAUCAAACCUGAAUAGUAGAUCAAAAGACUCAAGUCGUAAACGUUUCUCUUUUUAGCUACCACUUAGCGUGACCCAUUCGUAAGGAAAUUAACAGAAAAUGGUUGACGCGAGCCUGCAAAUACAAUCACAUUCUGGUGUCGGAAAGGGAGAACAGUCGGCGUUCGACGGAAUAUGCGGAUAGUCGUCCCCGUUCUGGUGCUGUUUCCGUUGUCUGUAGGACCCUGUGAGUGUAAAAAAUACACUACUUGUGGCUUAGAUUCAGCCUGGUUGUGAAAGUGGAGCAACUGCUGCAAGUCAAGAGCGCCAACGUGGGUUUUGGUAUCGACCUAAAGAUAAGAAUAAGUGUCCUUCUCGAAAAAUCUGAAGUUAUAAUGGCUUCUCCAUAAUUGACAUUUCUCAUAUUCCUACUUUUCGGGUAUCG